AUGCGGUUGACCACGUGUGCUUACGAAGCUAUGACGUCUCACCUAUGCGUCUGGGUCGAGAGAGUGUCUUUUCCCCCAUCGGGCCCCCAGGAACGAAUUGGCCUUGCCCGUUUGAAGCCUUUCCAGAAUAAUGUGGCUGAGACUUUUAUGGGCAAAGUAGCAGAGCUUCGCCAGGAGUUGAGCGGCGGCGGCAAGAAGGAUAAGAAUCAUGCCGCCAAAAAGAAUGCUCUGAAGAAGAUUGUCGCCAAUAUGACUAUGAGCAACAAUGACAUGGUUGCGUUAUUUCCAGAUGUCUUGAAUUGCAUGGAGAUCUCAAGUCUGGAUAUCAAGAAGAUGUGCUUUCUCUAUCUUCAGAACUAUGCUCGAACGAAGCCUGAGAUUGCUUUAAGGGCACUUCCCAUCUUGCAAGAGGACCUGACCGAUGCGAAUCCCCUGAUUCGGGCACUUGCUCUGCGGACAAUCUCGUAUGUCCAUGUCAAGGAAUUUGUGGAAGGCACUAUACCACACCUCAGGAAACUUAUGGAAGACUCGGAUCCCUAUGUCCGAAAGCACGCAGCCAUGACCGUCGCAAAAGUCUACGAUCACGACAAGCGCUUGGUUGAAAACUCAGACCUCAUCGAGAGACUGAAUCGGAUGCUCAAAGACGAGAACGCCACUGUUAUCGCCUGUGCAUUGGCCUCCCUAACCGAUAUCUGGGAGCGUAGUGAGAACAUCAAGCUCACUAUAGACUACACCAGCGCCUCCAAGAUUGUCUCUCUUCUUCCGGAUGUUAACGAAUGGUGUCAAGCUUACAUACUCGAAGCCAUGACAUCGUACGUACCUCAAUCAUCCGACGAAGCUACCCUCCUCGCCGAACGAAUUCUCCCUCGGCUAUCACACUCCAAUUCCGGCGUCGUCCUGAAUUGUAUACGUGUCAUCAUGUAUCUGACAAACUAUAUGAACCACCAGGACAAAAUCGUCGAGAUAUCACGGAAGCUCUCACCUCCGCUUGUUACUCUACUAUCGAAGCCUGCAGAGAUCCAAUAUCUUGCUUUGCGAAACGCCAUCCUCAUUCUACAGCAACGACCUGAAGCCCUACCUGCUGACAUCCGCGUCUUCUUCUGCAAAUACAACGACCCUAUCUACGUCAAAGUCACCAAGCUGGAGCUCAUCUUCAUGCUCGCAAACAAGGACAACAUCAGCAUUGUUCUGAACGAGUUGAAAGAGUAUGCCACAGAAAUCGAUGUCCAAUUCGUCCGUAAAGCCGUACGCGCCAUCGGAAAGCUUGCAAUCAAGAUCGAGCCCGCUGCACGUCAGUGUAUUGAUACCUUACUUGAGCUCGUCAAUGCUCGUAUCCCAUACAUUGUACAAGAAGCCACAGUCGUUAUCAAAAACAUCUUCCGCAAAUACCCCAAUCAAUACGAAGGCAUUAUUUCCACCGUCAUUGGCCAGAUUGACGAGCUGGACGAACCCGAAGCCAAAGCUGCUAUUGUCUGGAUCAUUGGCCAAUAUGCCGACCGCAUCGACAAUGCCGAUUCGCUCCUACAAGAUUAUCUUGCAACUUUCCACGAAGAGUCUACGGAGGUGCAGCUCGCUCUUCUCACUGCAACAGUUAAGCUCUUCCUUCAGCGGCCCGCCAAAGGCUCAUCACUCGUUCCCCAGGUCCUGAAGUGGUGCACCGAAGAGAUCGACGACCCCGACCUCCGCGAUCGCGGUUUUAUGUACUGGCGACUUCUCUCAACCGACCCUGAAGCCGCCAAGAAGGUGGUCAUGGGCCAGAAGCCACCCAUUACGGCCGACUCCGAAAAGCUGGACCCCAACACCCUCGAAGAGCUCUGCCUCUGUAUAGGCACGCUCGCCACGAUCUAUCUCAAGCCCGUCCAGCAGGUCUUCCGCACUGCUCGCGCCCGCAAGUUGACACCCUCCCCAGCACUGCAACGGCGCAAGGAGGACUUCAGCUCCGCGCUCGCAGCCAGUCAUUUGGCAGUGGACACAAAGGCGGUCGGUCAGCCUGAUGCGAUCGCAGCGGCGGAUGAGUACUUCAAGAAUCUCAGCCUGAGCAAUAAUGUCGAUACGUUCGCAAGCCCGACGAAUGGCACCCAAGCCGGCUUUGUAGUCAACCAAAAUGCUCCGCAGCAGGUGAUGCAGCCGGUGGGCGGGGCGCAGCAGGGGGAUUUGCUGCUGUAG